AUGAGUAUCCCGAUUCACGCUGAUGCCAUCGACAUCGAAAGUCAAGAUAUUCAUAUUCGCAGUAAUUCGAUUUUGGAAGCUUCUCCAGAUACCUCCGCACAACAGGUCGAAUAUCGGUACUUGACCUUUGAAUCCCUCAUCCCUCUCCAUCCCAUUUUGCCCCAGAAUACGCAGGGCGAAAUACCACCAUGUCCGAAAUUGACCGACUACGAUAACCCCUAUGCAUGGUCCCUUCCCCGGAAGAAUCUGAUGACAUACCUCUCAUGCAGCGUAAACAUCACCGCUGCCUACGCUGCGGGUAGUUACGCAUCACCAGCAUUUGAACUCACCGCGAAAUGGGGAAUCUCCAACGUCGCAUAUAAUGUGGGCAUCACUGUGUUUACCCUCGGAUUUGGGAUUGCGCCAAUGGUUCUUGCUCCAUUUUCUGAGAUCAACGGCAGGCGACCUGUGUUCAUCGCUACAGGAAUUCUCUUUGUCAUCUGUCAAUUAUGCUGUGCUCUCACCGAGUCUUACGGCGGGAUGUUGGCAGCCCGAUUAUUUCUAGGUGUUGGAGGUUCAUGCUUCUCGACCAUGGUAGGAGGUAUUUUGGCUGAUGUUUGGGUUACCGCUGAUCGAAAUACUCCUAUGGUUCUCUUCACAGGCGCUACCCUCUUCGGCACCGGCCUUGGGCCAUUGGUCUCUGGCGCCGUGGCCCAGAGAAUUUCAUAUAGAUGGGUGUUCUAUAUUCAAGUCAUAACUAGUGGUGUCCUCGUCUCUCUUGUAACGAUAUUCUUCAAGGAGACCCGCGGGAGCAUCAUUCUCAGCAGGAAGGCAAAGCUAUUGAACAAAUGGUAUGAACAGCUGGAAGCUGCUGGUGCUAUCGGAGUGUCUGAUGAGUCCGAAGACGGAGAAAAAGGCCAGAUUUGUUGUCGCAUACGUUGGAAAGUCAAAGCAGACGAGGAUAGGGCAUCUCUUGCGAGAAUGAUUGCGGUUUCCCUCUAUCGACCCAUUCAUAUGCUCUUUACUGAAUCAGUGGUCUUUUGGUUCAGCUUAUGGGUUGGAUUCGCGUGGGCAGUCCUCUACCUCACCUUUGGCGCCGUCCCUCUUGUGUUCCAAGUCAAUCACGGCUUCACAGUGGAGCAGACUGGUUUCAUCUUCGCAUCGAUGUGCGUUGCGGCCGUCCUCUCUACAGUUCUUAGUAUCUACCAGGAGAAAUGGGCUGUGAAACAUUAUCCGGUCAAGAUAAAUGGGAGUCCAGAAGGCCGACUUCUUUUCACUUGCGUCGAAGGUGGAUUCAUGCCCGUUGGAAUUUUCAUUUUCGGCUGGACUUGUUAUUCUUCUAUCCACUGGAUCGUGCCUGCGUUCGGCAUUGGGGUGGCAACCAUUGGCAUUUUCAGUAUUUACCUUGCUUCCUUCAACUACACAGCCGACGUGUACCAUAUCUAUGCCAGUUCCGCACUGGCAGGCACCGGUCUCGUUCGAAAUCUGCUGGGAGGUUCAUUUCCACUCAUAACGGUCCAGAUGUUUCGCAGUAUGGGCUUCCAAGCGGCAAGCAGUUUGCUCGGUGCGAUCGGAGCAAUUUUGACGCUCGUUCCGUGGGUACUUGCUUUUUACGGCCCAAAGAUCAGAGCAAGGAGUAAAAUUGCAAGUUCAUUGACAUGA